UUGAGGUAAGGUCCGUGAUCAGUGCAAGCUUUGGUAUAUAACUCGCAGAAAUUUUAACGGAUGUACAAAUGGUUUUGUUUCUUAAAGACGUCAUUAGCAUGGUUAUAGUCCCGGGUGCUUGAACAUGUUAAAACCUUAACCUAACCCUACUUAAAGGUCAAGGAUGCAAACUAGUCAGCUUAACACACACACACCCCCCCCAAAAUGAAGAUGAAUAGCAAUGAAGUGAAUUGUUUAACAUCACAUCUGAAUUUGUGUCUGCCUGUAGAAGUGAGCGCUCUUCUGAGAGCAUUCAUUAUUUACAUCUGAUACUGUUAGUUUGCAUCCCUACUUUCUUCUGGGCAAAAUCAUAGUAAUCAUAGUAAUGCAAUAUUUGCUUUUGAAGGUGCCUCUCUGUCCUGGGCUUCGUAGUCAACAUUGACACGUUGAUGUCAAUGGUCCCUGUGCUGCUUGAAGGCCAGCGAUAUAUCCUGACCUACCGAUUCAGCCAGGACCAUUUGGAGCUUCUGUUUAACUCCAUCAGAGCAUCCGGCGGAUGGAAUAACAACCCCAACGCCAGCCAGUUUAAGUACAUCUUUAGGAAGCUGAUGGCCCGAUGUGGAGUUGUAAGUCGCAGUGGAAAUGUUACAGCACAGGAUGACACUGAGUCCCUAACAGCGACCAUUGACACCUCUACAAGCCUGUCAGCUGUAGAUAUGUCCUCUGCAGCAGGAGGAGACCUUCCAUCUCCAUUUGCAGACAUUCCGGCCCUAGUCCAUGAUCACAGCUAUCUUCCCAUCCGCUUCAGUGGUCUUGUGGACAACGCUCUUGUGUACAUUUCAGGGUUUGUUGUGCUACGGGCUCUGAAGCAGCUGGCCUGUGAUGUCUGCCGUGCCAGCCUGGUGACAGACGCUGCAUCUGCCAUCAAGGACCAGAGCUACCACCUACUUUCUCUGAGAAACAACGGAGGCCUCGUGAUUCCGUCAGAGGGAACAGUGAGGGUCGUCAGGGAAGCAGAGUCUGCCAUUCGCCAGGCCUCAGCCAACUGCAGACGAUCACAGCCCAUCAAACUGAAGGAGGUCGAGUACAUUGUACGGAAGAGGAUUGGGUCAGAGGAUGUGUUUGUGCUUGGGGAGCACAUCAGCGACACACAGUAUGGCAUAGACAGCCACAACCAUACACUGCUGACAUUAGUUGUGUCCCUGUUUUUUAAGAUAAGGCUAAAUCACAUCGCUAAGAUGACUACACUUAGCUUUCAGAGUAACAGCAUGAGGCAGAAGCUCAACAAAACGGUGCUUUUCAAAGGGCAUUAGCCCAAUAUGUAAAAGGACGCAUACCUUAAGGGACUUCAUUUUUCAUAGUUCAUUUUUUGUCAUGAGUUGCAUUAGAUUAAUUGAAAGGUGGAUAAAGUAUUUAUGAAAAU